AUGUCAACUGAUCUUUUUUUAAAUAGCACUUUUGGUGACAAUUCUGUAAAUGAGAACAGCGGACACUCAACCAAUGGACAUGAUGAAAUUGAUGCUGAGACCCUUUGGCUAAUCAAUGAAAUUAUUAAACCUGAACUCCCUAAUAUCAGUGAUAAUGUUAGUCUCUGCCUUCAGAUGUUAGAAAAUGAUCAAGUUUACAAAAUGCCAGUUUCAAAUGGUGUGAAAGAAGGUAGCUCUGACGUACCAUGGAUUAAAGGUGUUGUAUCUAGGAAACAAGAAUAUAUUACUGGUUUUAGGGUUAUGGUGCGAUUCCCAGAUUUUCAAAAUGGAAAAGUGAUAGCAUUGGAGAUGAGACCCAAUUUUAAAUAUUUAUUGACCCAAUUUGGAUCGAUAUCAAAUAAUUUGCAUAAAAUCAUAAGUUUACUUGAUGAUUUGGAAACUAUGACGGAUAUACAUCAAUUUAUAAAAAUUUAUAAAGAUAUUGUACAGAUAUUAGAUGCUUCUAUAAAUCUUUUACAGGCACCACCAAGUAAAUUAACAUACCCGGAGAAUAAUAAUGAACCAAUGAAACAAAUAUUUGAAAACUAUAAAGAAAACUGUGAUAACUCUACAAACCUUAUAGCAUUGGAUCUUAUCUUGGUGAAAAAUGAGCUUUGCAUCGAUUUUAGAAAUUUAAAUAAAGUGACAAAGAAACCGUGGUGCACAGUGGAUCCAAAUACUGGCAAAUCAUUUAUAGAUAAGAUUAAAGAUGAAUUGAUGACAGCACGAACAAAAAAUGUCAAACUUAUCCUGGAAGAGAAUGGACUGACUGUUGAAGAUUCAAACUUCUUAAAUAUUCUUCUUAAUAGUACUUUCAAACCUGAUACCACCACCACACUUGCGGAAGCCCAGGAUUAUUUAAGAAGAGGUUCAACAUUUGAUGGUAGUGCUGUGACAGAGUCCUCGAAAAUAAUGGCAUCCACAAGCGAUCCAAUACUGAUAUGCGUUAGUUCCAAACUAAAUGGAUUAAAAUAUUCCAUAGACAAUCAUUAUGAAAAUUUGAAGAUACACCAUUAA